AUGUCCGCGCAAGUACCACGUGGGUCGCAGAGCACUGACGAAGGUCUGAUCUCGCAGGUUGUAGAGAGGUUCGGGAAGUUUCACACUGUGCUCGCGCCCGGGCUCAACCUCAUCAUCCCCUUCGUUGAUCAGAUCGCCUACGUACACUCCCUCAAGGAGGAGGCCCUUACCAUCCCCAACCAGACAGCCAUCACCUCCGACAACGUGACCCUCCAGAUCGACGGGGUCCUCUACAUCCGCAUUGUGGAUGCGUACAAGGCUUCCUACGGGGUGAGAGAUGCUUGGUUCGCCAUUUCCCAGCUGGCUCAGACGACCAUGAGAUCUGAGAUCGGCAAGAUUUCCCUCGACCAGACGUUCAAGGAUCGCGAGACCCUCAACCUAAAUGUUGUGCGCAACAUCCAAGCUGCUUCAGAGUCAUGGGGGGUGGAAUGCAUGAGGUAUGAAAUCCGCGACAUCCAGGCUCCCAGGAAGAUCAAGGAGGCCAUGGACCAGCAGGCUGAGGCAGAGAGGAGGAAACGUGCACACAUCCUCGACUCCGAGGCAGAGCAGUUCUCAGAGAUCAACAUCGCGGAGGGAAGGAAGAGAGCACAGGUGCUGGCGUCGGAGGGAGAGUAUCAGGAGAGAGUGAAUCAAGCUAGAGGAGAGGCUGAGGCCAUCCUAGUCGUUGCGGACGCGACAGCAAAGAGUAUCGAGAGACUCGCUGGUGCCAUCCAAGUGGCUGGAGGAAAAGACGCUGUAGCUCUCAAGAUCGCCGAGAAGUAUCUGGAGGGCUUCAGCAAGGUGGCAAAGGAGAGCACUACAGUGCUCCUUCCUGCCAACCCUGCGGACCCUUCCUCCAUGAUCGGCGCCGCCAUGGGAGUGUACGAGAGCAUGCAGAGGUCGAGGAAGACGCUUGCGGAGGGGUCGGGGUCUCUCAUCACUCCAGAGAAGUUGAACGCCCUGAAAGAGCAGAUCCUGCAGGAUACGGAGGAGAAGAAGUAG